CAUGGCAGGGCUACAGCAAUCUGGAUGGUACAGAGGCAUCCCUCGGGGCAAGUCAGACUUGUAGCUCAUCCCUGCACCCACCCUGAAAAGCAUGGCUCUUCAAGUUCCUGGAAGACAUGCAUAAAGAAAACACCUGCAAUGAACAGUCUUCCUAGAUAUUUCUCUCCAAGAGGAAAGAUCAAAUAAUCGCAAGUAACUUCAGAUUGUCUAGGCGACAUCUGGAAGAUGGCUGAGCACAAUACUUCUGGGAAUUCCUCCUGCGAUCCUCUUCUGACGCCCCAUCUCACCAGACUCUACUCUGUCGUGCUCCUGGGGGGCCUGACAGGUAUCAUAGCUAUCUUGUUCUGGCUGGUGAAGAUGAACUCCCGCUCAGUGACCACCACAGCCGUGGUUAACCUGGUGGUGGUCCAUGGAGUCUUCCUGCUGACCGUGCCGUUCCGCCUGGCCUACCUCAUCCAGGGCACCUGGGCAUUCGGUCUGCCCUUCUGCAAAUUCGUGAGUGCCAUGCUGCACGUGCAUAUGUACCUCACCUUCCUCUUCUACCUGGUCAUCCUGGUCAUCAGGUACCUCACCUUCUUCAAGGGCAAGGACAAGGUGGAAUUCUACCGCAAGUUGCACGCUGUGGCUGCCAGCGCAGCCCUGUGGAUCUUGGUCAUCGUGAUUGUGGUACCUGUGGUAGUUUCUCAGUAUGGGAAUCGAGAAGAGUAUGACGAACACCACUGUUUCAGAUUCCAUAAGGAGCUUUCCCGUGACUAUGUGCAGAUUCUCAACUAUCUGAUAGUCGUGUUUGUCAUCGCCACAGCGGCCCUUCUCCUGGGAUUCCAAGUCUUCCUCACCGUCUCCAUGGCCAGGAGGCUCCGCCACUCUUUACUGUCCCAUCAGGAGUUCUGGGCUCAACUGAAAAGCCUAGUUUUCAUAGCUAUCAUCCUGGUUUGUUUUCUGCCCUAUCAGAUCUUCCGGAUCUAUUACCUGUAUGUGGUCGGCCACUCCAAGGGUUGUAACCACAGCUUUGCCUUUUACAACGAAAUCUUCUUGAGUGUGACAGCAAUCAGCUGCUGUGACCUGCUGCUCUUUGUUUUAGGGGGGAGCCGGUGGUUUAAACAGAGGAUCACUGACCUGUGGAACUGCCUUCUGUGCUGUUAGCUAACACCAGAGUAUUUACUUCUUUAUAGGCAGGGCCCGGGGGAAGGCUGGAUCAAAACCUUGCUAAAGGAUUAUAAAAUAUCAGAGCACUUGUCCCUGCUCAUACUUGGUCCCUGUGGUCUCUGAAGGAGAAGACCCAGGAAGCUAUAGUUGUACAGUGCUGGCCAGGACACAAUGUCUACAUGCCCCAUCCAGGCAACAUGGUCCAACAGGUGCUAGAGAUUCAUUAAGACUUCUUUAAUUUUGAGGUUUAAAACAUGAUCUUUUUUUGGUGGUGGAGGUUAUGUUCAACUACUUUUUUAUUUUUUACUUCACUUUGAUUAGGUCAAUCCUAAUCAGAAGCUAGCUCCAAAGGCACAAAACCACACUUGGAUAACCAGACAAGAAAGUCCAUUCUGUUCACGGCCUGGCAAAACGCAGAUAAGGAGAUGAAUAGAACAAAACAUUUAUAGAUUAUCUUAAUUUAUCCAGAUCAAAGAGAAAGUCAGGACUAACACAGGUUUUCUUGAUUUGUGUUUAGAAAGAUUGAGUUCGACAUGGGGAAAUAACUGCUCAAAACCACCAAUUUUGUUCUGUUUUUGAAAAAGUUCUAAAUAUGCUGAACACACCUAAAUAGUGGUAAAACUACCCACAGAACAUUCUGCUGAGCACAGGUGCCUCACGCCUGUAAU